GUAAGCACUGAUAAAAAGGAAAGCCCGUUGUCCAGGACUUGGUAAAAGAUCUUUUCUUUGAUAAACAAGGUAUUAGGAAUCAAUUAGGGAUAAUUCAUCGAAAGCGAGAGAGUAAUUAUAAAUCAACAACCACACACCGGGCAAAACGUUUAGUGAAAUGAUGACAGGUAUCUGAAAUGUUACCAUAAAAUCAUUUAAGGUUUCGACAUUUUCAAAAUAAACCCGAUCCCCGUUUCAUUAUGUUCCCAUCAAUCUCCUUGGAUCCCGUCAACAGUUGUCUCCCCUGCUCCCUGGCAAUGCUGUGAUCCAGCCAUAAUGUUCAAGAUCUCUCAUGAUCUACGCAGCACUUGACAGAAUUCACGUAACGUACAUACCUUAUUCCGCUUGAUUGUGGAGAUUUUGGAGAUUUAUUGCUCACUUUUGUCACAAAUGUCGGUGAUUUUUCUCCACCCGUAACACACCCCUCACUUAUUGCACAAAAACAACACAGGAUACGUUGAUAUUCUUGUUACAAACAAUCACGUUUAUGGAGAUGGCGGUGAUGGCCAGAAGUCGCUGUAAAUUAUAGCGGUUUCCACAUACAAUACGACACCUAUGAAUCUUGUAAUCAUUCGUGAUGUGAAAGGGUGGCAAAAUACACGAAAACUCAGCCGCAGAUAUGAGUCUCAGGAAUAGACAGAACACGUGUGAGUUUACCAAACUCAUCGGGAAACUGAGCGAGUCUAUUAUGAAGGAAAUGGUCCUCGCCCAUUCGUCAUAUGCUCGCGCGGCAGGAAUACAGAGUGAAAUUAACAAGGUGACAGUGACACGAGUAGCCGGAAGUGAAGUGGAAUAUCAACGACAGAUGAAUUUACAUCGAAAAAAUAUGGAAUUCGUCGUCAGAAACAUUCGGAAAGAACAGAGUAAGCUGAAAACGUCUAUUGCAAAGUAUUCUACCAAACUCCGCGAAGGUAAACGAGAGAGAGAAAGGAGAAAACGAGAAGAGCGCUUGAGAGACCAAACCAGUUUCGACAAUAGGAAGAAUAUUUCGGCCAUUCUAAUCGUACGGGAGACUCCUGUUCUCCCCAGUAUUAGAAAAAAGAAUCCCGAGCCCGACAACAGUUCUCCUGACAGUGGGAUCGGCGAAAGUGAUGACGGAAAGACGCCAGAGAAAGAAGAAAGAAAACAACACCCCAGUGGAACAUCAGAUAAAACGAAAGAAGGAUCGGACUUACACUUGCCCUCUCUCGGUGUUCCACUACCUUCAAUAAUGGAAGACAGCGAAAUAAACGAAGACGAGGAGUUUGAAAAGCACAAAAACGUCAAAGAAGAGGGCACUUUUCCACAGAUCACUCUACACAGUGAACUAGAAAAUAAACUGAAUAACCAUCUGAAAACAAUCAAGCCUAAGAAACAAGGAGUAUCCUUUUCUGAUCUCAUUAAAUUACAACAUUCAACAAAUACUAAGAAACUUUUUAAUCUUGUGAACAUCUUGGCACAAAAGCAUGGACUAAAGGAUAUUGAAGACAAACAAGAAAAGGAAAACCGAAAUUCUAUCAUUCUGAGAGGAAGUACAGAUGAAUCGAUGUCUCUAAAGGCAGCGUCUGUGUUAUAUCCAAUGAAAUACGGGUAUGAGUCCGAAACAGAGUCUGAAAUGUCUAUCCCAGUGGUAGAAACCGAAAAAUCUCUCUUUGACGGAACUUUUCAUUUACAUGAAAACAACCAUGACGUCCCAAGUGCAUUUAAUAGUCAAAGGACAGAAAUAUCUUUAGAUAAAUCCGACAUUAUUCUUUCGCCAGUGAGAACACGGGAAGUGAACAUUUCUUCACCCAGUGCUAAACACAGAAGACGAAACAAAAGUCUCCCGAUGUUAAUGGACGAAACACAGCUUGUAAAAUUCAAACAAAGCCUCAGUGUUCCAGAUGAACCAAAGAGAGACUCGUCUCAGGUCCGCUCCCCCAGGGCCAGAGUUCUGCCUCCCAUUCAAAAGCAGAAAUCGGAGGACACCUAUCUGACUCGGUCUCAGCGGAGUAACUCGAUAUCGUGGACAGAAGCCUUUGGGUUGUUGAAAGGUGUGCAUAGCUUACACGACGAGUGACAUGACUUGCCAAGUUACUGAGAAAGGACUCGUUGUGAAAAGGACUCUAUUUGUCCAGCAAAAUCAACAGCUCUUGCUUCAAUAUUAAGUGUAUCCUGUGAAGAAUCUCCAUGCUACUCAGUGACCUAGAAUCGGAAUCAUGACGUCAUAAUAUUAGUAGUUUCGAUAUUGAGACUCAGAAUGGCUAUUUUUUACGCAGCUUAGGUGGAUUUUACACGCAUAGUUCUGCCAUGAAUUUGUAUUUCUACAUUAGUACAGAUAUGUGAUAGAAAUGUAGCGUUUGUCUCAGGCUUCACGCUAUGGUUUCCUAGAAGAAAAGAAGUUCUAAAUCACAGAAUUAUGCAUUUUAACCGAACUUGAAUAAACUUAAGAAAGACCUAUGUAUCCCAAGUAGCUGUGAAUGUCGGAGACAAUUCAGGCAAAACUGCAUUGGACAUAAUCUCUUUUAUGAAAUAAAAGCAGAUUUAGUCUUUUU